AUGUGUGUCUGGUGUAUAAGAAGACACCCAUGAUAUAACACGACAGUAAGCAUGAGGUGUAUUACAGGAAUACCCGACCGAAAACAAGAUUGGUCGACUCAGAAUGAAAAACCGGCAACGAAACCGGUGUCGUUGAAUGUAACUUCCGCUUGUGAGGAAUUUUAUUCAGAUCCUGAUUAUUUUCAAAGUGAUUGCGAUAAACCAAUGUACAUUAGUUGGAUGCAUUAUGUGAAUAGUGUUCGAAAUGGGACAGUUACCGGCUUCAUUAUUGAAAUUUCUGCAACGGAAGCCAUUUUGUUUCGUGUGAAUGUUUCAAGAGCAAGAGAAUAUUUCCUAACUAAAGAAUUUCCUGAAAAUGAAGUUGUUCACUACAACCUGUUGGAAUGUUUAAUAGCCAACCCAACUAUGGGUCCCACCCCACGUGUUUGGAUCCUCGGCGCUCGAGACACAUGAUAUAUUCAUACACCUCAUGCUCACUGUCGGAUUAUAACAUAGGUGUCUUCUUAUACAUCAGACACACAUGGUGUAUUCA